AACCAGGAUGAAAAGAUGCAGCAACAAUAACCACAAAAUGGGAGAAUAUGGAGCAAGAAUGUGAAGGGAGGCAGAUCAAAAAUACCAUGUACGCAUGUAUAAAAGCACCUCUGCCUUUAAUUUCUCGGUGGAAGGACCCGUGAUCUCUCUCAAUUCAUCUUCUAUCUUUUCUGCUCUGCAUUUCCACAGACACGUUGCGGGCGUCGCCCAGACGAUGUUCAGAUUACGAGGAAUUGCGUUCGCCGUGGUUCUCCUGCUGCUGGUGGACUCCGGGGAGGUCCAGUGUCAUACCAAGGGGCUCCGGCUGCCGCGGCGGCAGAAGAACUCCACGCAGGUGGAGUUGGCCGAGCAGCAGUUCAUGAGGUGGGUCUGGUUCGUCGGUGGCCUCCGGCAUAGCGUGUUCAGCAGAGCGCUCAACAAGGCGUUCCCUUCCUACACGCUCACUGUUGACAAGAAGCCAUCGGUCGGAGAUUUCACCACGAUCCAGGCCGCCGUCGACUCGCUCCCGCUGAUUAACUUGGUGCGCGUGGUGAUCAAGGUCAAUGCCGGCACGUACACGGAGAAGGUGGAGAUUCCGGCGAUGAGAGCCUUCAUCAGCAUACAAGGAGCGGGAGCGGAUAGCACAGUGGUGCAGUGGGGCGACACCGCGGAGACACUCGGGCCGAGAGGACAGCCAAUUGGCACCUUCAAUUCAGCCACCUUUGCCGUCAAUGCUCCCUAUUUCAUAGCCAAGAACAUAACCUUCAAGAACACCACCCCUGUUCCACGACCAGGGGCUAGGGGGAAGCAAGCGGUGGCGCUGAGGAUAUCGGGGGACACCGCCGCCUUCGUGGGAUGCAAGUUUCUGGGGGCGCAGGACACGCUCUACGAUCACCUCGGCAGGCAUUACUACAAGGAUUGCUACAUCGAAGGCUCCGUGGACUUCAUCUUCGGCAACGCUCUCUCCCUCUUUGAGGGCUGCCAUGUGCACGCGAUCGCGCAGAACUACGGCGCGCUGACGGCGCAGAACCGGAUGAGCUUGCUGGAGGAUACGGGGUUCUCGUUCGUGAACUGCAAGGUGACAGGGUCGGGGGCGCUGUACCUAGGGCGGGCGUGGGGGACCUUCUCCAGGGUCGUCUUCGCCUACACCUACAUGGACAACAUCAUUCUUCCCAGAGGAUGGUACAAUUGGGGCGAUCCCAACCGAGAAAUGACUGUGUUUUACGGGCAAUACAAGUGCAUGGGGCCGGGCGCAAGCUAUGCGGGAAGGGUUUCAUGGUCGAGGGAGCUCACCGACGAGGAAGCCAAGCCAUUCAUAUCCUUGACCUUCAUUGAUGGCUCUGAGUGGGUCAAGUUGUGAUCUUUUGGUGCCACCAAAUAACACAAAUCAUUCUUAUUCGCAUUCUUCCAAUAGUAGCACCUAUAGCUUCUAGCGAGC